AUGUCCAAUCCCACCGCGCUGCCGCCAAUCCUCCAGUUCAAGCUUGUUAAUCCUCUAGUAAACUCGAUCUUCUCCAUCAAUGACCCAUCAAAGUCCGCUUUAAAAGAUAUAUACAUACAGCUUCAGCUGAACCCAUUCUCCUAUGCCUUCAUAAUUCCAGAUACUUACACUCUACUCAACUACUACGACAAUACCUCUGGGAUUGCCUACCGUGAUUUAUGUACCCGACAAGACUUUGUCAAAGAUCAUAUCCUUGAUCUUCGAAGCCAUAACUUGACGAUCUCUAGGAAUUCCAACGUCGCGGCACUUUUAAACACCAGAAAGCCCAAGCAUUUCACUAAUGCCAAUGGCAAGGAUCUUUUGCUUAAAAAGGACACAAUAAUUAUCAAUGAUGAGUAUUUCAAUGGCCAACCAAGCUCCGGUGAGGCAAUGGACCUGUUGAUCAAAUUCAAAGUGUCGAAAAUCGAGCUUUUUUUAAACUUCAACCAAUUUUUCCCUAAAAACCAUGAGUUUUUGUUAAUCCAUAUUAAUAGACCAUUAACUGGUACUCCUAUAUCAGAAGUUCGGUUCAAAAGAAUGCAAAUCCUUCCGACAUUGCAGCCGAUCUCUGUGGGAAGUGCGACUCAUACCAGAAACUCGUCCCUCAAUCUUGAUAUUAACCAGUCAGGCACAUCAUGGCACCCAGAAUUUGAUAACCCAUCAUUUACUCUGGAAGUACAGCUAGUGGCCCCAAAAACUUCGUUCACGCAGUUAACUGGAAGAUUUUCGGUAAUAAAUCAAGAGCUUGCCGCAGAUUUUCUCCAUCUUUUCAAAAAUUUUGUCAUUGAUACCAUCACCGACCCAGGAGAAAUCCUCACAUUAUACAAAGAAACAAUAAAUCAACUGGCUCUUAUUUUCAAAUCACUCAGUGAAGAAAUAAUAUCAGGAAUUAUCACCUAUGACCCAUCCAUUGACUUGAAUCGCUGUAUUUACGACUAUGUGGAACUUAGCUUGUACGACCGUAUAUGGAAUCAGCUACGAGUUGUUUUGGCAACCCCACAAGACAAAGAAACUCAAUAUUUAACUAAUGAAACUUAUGAGCUGCUAAAAUGUCUCUCAAUAACUCAGGUGGGGAUAUUUGAAAAUUUCGAUACAAAAAGAGAAAAAUUACAACCACAAUUAUUAAUUUUUUUAUCCAAGAUCGCCAGUUCUGUGAAAAUCUUUUCCAAAAUUAGUCUCACAAACACUUAUUUUGAUAAACUCAAAAUCCUUGUCCAAACAAUUACCGAACUAACGAAGCAGACCACCAUAAAUGGCGUACGAUCAGUUGACGUGAGUGCCGAUAUACUUGUUGCGUUACUCAUAUUGGUGGUGGUGGAAUCAAGAGUUGAGGACAUACAUGUUCAUUUAGAAUAUAUCAAAAACUUCAGCUAUUACAGUUAUGCCCGAAGACUAGACUUGACAACCGGUUUUGUCGGAUACUGUAUCUCAACAAUCGAUGGGGUGUUGUAUCAUUUACAAAAUAAAGAAAACAUUUCCCAACUUAUUUCCCACUCCAUGAAAAAUCAAGAGCUUUGGGAGAUUCUUUAUCUGACUUCUGCGUCUGCGGCUCCACAACUUAUAGACUUUAUUGAUGCCAAUACUGAUUUCGAUAAUGAUGUACACUUGCCCAUUGAGCAUUCAUUGCGUGCAAUAACCAAGAAUGGUGAAUCGGUCCUUCUGAUUGCCCUUCUGCUGGAAAGUUCCGCCAUAGCUUAUGAUCUUUUCCGAACUUUGCUCACAUAUAAUGAGAAUUUGUAUCCUCUAGAAGAUCUUCUAUUUGAUUAUAACACCAGUCAUUCCACGCUUUUCCUUGAAUGCCUUCUACAAUCGCGUCUUCAAUGUGCAGACCUUUUAUUGGAUAUUUUGCUUUCCUCGUGUACUGUUAGUGAGCUAAUCAAUUAUAUCAACCAUCAAGACGCAGUGUACCAUCGAGUUGCCGGCCACCAUAUUCAUCGGUAUCCUCAGUUACUUGAUAAGGUUGGAUUGUAUAUUGAUUGGCGGGUCAGGGAUAUAUCCUUUAAUACCCCAUUGGUGGCUCUUUGUCGAAACUAUGAUAUCCAAGAUUAUCCUAGCCUCGUCACUCGUACAUUUGAGAUUGUCAAAAAAUGGUACGCCGUGCAAAAAAUGGAGUUUGAUCCAUUAGAUCACAUUGAUGCGAAGGGAAACACCUUAUUACAUAUAUUGAGAGACGGGUGUCUCCAACCUAUUCUUAGCGAACCAUAUGUGGAUGUCAACAAAUUUAAUGAUCGUGGUCAUUGUCCGUUGGUAGUUUAUGUCAGAUACGGUCGGGUGAAUAAUAUCAAAGCGAUUCUUGAAGAUGAACGCUUGAAUUGGGGGAAAAUUGACGGGAAAACUUUCUUAACAGUGUUAGAUUAUGUGAAAAUGAAUUCAUCUGUCGCUUCAACCCCAAAUUUGGAUCAAAAUAAUGAGGCCAUCAUUAGUUCAAGUAAUGUGGAAAAACUAGUAGAUGGUCAAUUCAUCAAACACUUCUUCCCACAAAUUAAUGGUAGGAAGUUUGGAAUAUUAAGGGCAAAAUUAGACUCAAAUCAGUGGUGCUUUGUGAUGAAGGGAAGUAUUGUCGAGAGAAUGGUUGAAGAAGAUAUUAUUGAGCCUUCAAACAACAUUAAACCGGUUCCUGUGACGCCAACGCCUAAUGAAAGGGCAUUUAAAGCGAAAAAUUUGACGGUCAAUACCACAAUUAUUAAACCAAAGCAAGAAACUGUCACCGCCAGAUAUAAAGCACAUCACUACACAAAUUAUCAUUCAGUUAAUGACUUUCGAAGCCUCAUUCAUUUAUUACAUAUAGAAUACCCAAUGAGUUAUCUUCCAAUAGUUUAUCUUAUGGACUCGGUAUUUGCCCGUCUCAAUCUAACCACCUUCACAUUCUUCAAUUUUAAUAAACUCAAAAUCAAUGAAAUGAUGCUCAAGCUCAAUAUUUUCCUUGUGGGGCUUGAAUUGAGCAGAGAUUUUUAUAACCACGAACUAAUCUGGGAGUUCCUCAUCCUCCCAACUUCAAUAGGGUCCUCUGCCUCAUCAUCAGCAUCCACGGGCGUCGCCAAUAUUGCCAACUUUAACGGGGCUCCAAAGGCCCAACUUGAGGCUCGGAGUAGAAUGAAAAUCGAAGCCACCAAGGAGAAACUUUCUUAUGGUGCUAAAUCUGGUAAUCUUCCUUCAACUCCUGCCACCCCAAUAAUUGAGGAGCUGCCAAUUCUGCAUAGUCCAAAUAUCCCGGAUGAAUUCACCGAUUCCGGGCUUGAGAAUUUGAAGGAGUUGUUUGCGCUUGAUAUAUCUAGAAACUAUGCCAUGCAGGAAGUGGAAGAUAUUUUGAAUUUCUUGAAAUAUUCUAGUGAUGAGCUCGAAAUUUUCCACAGAGGUAUAAAGAAAGUCCUACAAUUGGUGGUGGUGGCAAGUCACAAAUUUGUUGAUCUUGAAACAGGGCUUGACAGCUUUGCUAAAUUUUCUGAUGAUAAUCCAACAUUUAAGAGUUUCCCUGGGUAUUAUAAAAAGCAAAUGGAGUCUAUUCAAGAACGUAUCAAGGCGCUUAGCCAGGAUAACUCCAAGAAGGUUGCUAAUGUUAGUGUUGGAUCCCAGCCAUUUGCCUCGAUAUCGGCAAUGUUUCAGAAGAUAAUUGUGGAGUCCAAUACUACUGCUACCUCACCCCAUAUCAAGUUUGCAUUUUAUCUUCAGUUUCUUGAGAAUUGCGUGGCCAGAAUGAUUCGGAAUAUCAAUAGUGUUAUAAAUAAGAAAAUUCUCAAAUGGUUGAAACUUGCCGGCGAGUUGAAUAGCUUGAAGACCGAGCUUCGUCGCAUUAGACCCCAGGAUUUUCUCAACGACGAUGUUUCUGUUCUUGGUGAGGAGACCAUUGAGAAUCCAUUCAUUAUAAUGGCUCCUCAGCCGAUGCCAGUAUCUAUAAAUGGUGGUGCCACCUCCGGUCACAGUAGAAAUUUUUCCACUUCUUCAAUGGCCACUCUUACUGAAGAGGAUCAAGUCAAAAAUGAUGAAUCACUAUCGGACUCAACCACUGUCAAAGACAAUGAUCAAUUACAAUCUCUGCUGCUUGAUGCACCACCUUUGAUAAAUGUUCUUAGUCCAGAUGAUAUUACAAACACCCCGGAGGCGGCGAAAAAAGAGCAGCAGUCAGAUUUGAGCACGCCAUUGAGAAGUAUUGAUUCUCAAACCGUGUCGCCGCUUCGAUCGCCAUUUGCUUCAGACUCCUCCACAGUAUCCUCGAGCGGCAAUGGUUCAAUUUUUGGUACCCGCCCUGGAAGUGCCGCUGCUUCUCCUGUGGUAAAGAAGAAACGGUCGUUUUUGUCAAAUAUAUUGGAAUCACGGAAAACCAACCACGAAUUAAAAGUAAUGAAACAAUACAAAGUGGUGCGGUUGAAAUUGAUGGGGUUAAGUGAUGAUGUGAGGUAUAGCCAUGAGUCUUUGGCAAUGGAGGUUUCGCAUUUUAUGGAGUUCAAGGAGAUUUUUAUGAGGUAUGCGGUGAAAGUGUUUGUGAAAGAGGAAUUGAGAAAAUUGAAAUUUGAAAAAUGUUGUAUUGAUAAUGGAUUGAUUCUGGCAAAACUGGAAAAAUUUUGA